AUGGACAGCCGCCAGGUAGCUCUGCCACAGUUAUCUAAAAGAGACUUCGUUAAUCCGGAUGUACUGAAUGCAGUAAACCCCCAUCCAGUUUGGGGCUACGCACACGGACCUAUUCCAAAUAAUAAUCAUGAUUGGCAACCUAAACAGUCACGAGGUAAAGGUUACGUGACGAGGCGAGAUUUCGCACUUGCUCUUGCUAGUCAUAGACUACAAGCUCCGAUGGUCACCAUGAACCGAUAUAACACCUACGUUUGCGAUAUUUUGUUGCAAGGCACUUUCAUGUGCGGAAUGAGUUUCAGGGCAUUGCAUAGUGUCGAGGGUCAUGUUCGUACACAGCACGCUGGUGCCGCCAACCAGCCAGAUAAUAAGAAGCUGACCACCCAGGAAAAAACUGCUGGAGAUAACGCGAUGAGGCGUUGGGUGCUGAUGGGAGGCUGGCGUGAUGCCCUUUAUUACAAGGAACCUAACAAGGAGAUCAUUUCUGGCUCUCUGAUUGGGUACUAUUGUGGUAUUUUGGAGGAAAUUGCGCGCAACGAUGCCCAGUUUGCGGCAGAGUACGGAACCCAAUUUCAUCGACCUGGGCACCGAGAGUGGUUUCAAACCGUGAAUCCCUUAAUCUAUCACUCUCCCAAUCCACCGAUGCCCUUGGUUGUGCCGUCAACACCCCGUGAUGAAGAGUCGGUGACAUCCUCUAGAUGUGAGCAGUCUACUCUGACUGAACCCAUAUCCGACAAUGACCCCAAUGAUAACCCUGGUUCCACAUCUGGAUCUGAACUUGAUUGCGAGAUUGUGACCAAGUCUGCCAAGGUUGUCUUCGAGGUCGACUCCGAGCCCGAGGAGCAAGAGGAGUGGCCUGUUGACGCUGUCACUGAUAUCUUCGCUGGGCUGUAUCUACUGUCAAGCAAACUGGACGCGGCGUACGGCCCUAUGCCCGAAGAAAUGGACUGA